AUAGUAGUCCACAGGUUGGGAGAAAUGGGGUCAGCUCAGGCAAAAACUGAUAGUGAUGAAUUUAAUUCCCAGUCUCUCCCUGAUGAAUUUACAAGAAGGAUCGUCGUGUUGGGGAAGACUGGAGCUGGAAAGAGCAGCCUUGCUAACACCUUAUUUGGAGAGCCGGUGUUUGCCGCGGACAGUUCUCCUGAAUCUGGAACAAGCAAAUGUCAAGCCGAGUCAAGAUGUGUCAAUGGAAAAAAGAUCAUCUUUAUUGACACCCCUGGGUUUUUUGACACAGGGAGGUCUGAGGAGGCGAUGAAACCUGAGAUAAUGAGUUGUAUCACAGAGUGUGCUCCUGGCCCUCAUGCUUUUCUCAUUGUGCUUAAAGUGGAGAAAUACACUGACCAAGAGAAAGAUAUCAUAAGCAAAAUUAUAGACUAUUUCUCAAAAGAAGCUCUAAAAUAUGCCAUUGUGCUCUUCACUCAUGGUGACCAGCUGUCUGAGGGAAGUAAGAUUGAGGAGUUUGUAAGUCAAAGCGAAAAUUUGAAAGAGUUGGUCCGGAAGUGUGGCAGACGGUGCUGUGUCGUUGAUAAUAAAUACUGGACAAAGAACCAGGAAGAUGAAUACAGGAGCAACGCGUUUCAAGUGAAAAAGCUGCUCUCCACCAUUGAUCAGAUUAUUGAGGCAAACAAAGGAAGCUACUACAACACUGAGUUGCUACAAGCAGUAAAACGGGAAAUAGACCAAGAGCAUGAGAGCAUCAAAGAAUCAUCUUCAAACCUUUCACAGGAUGAGAUCACACAAAAGGCUAAAUCUACUGUCACUGGAAAGCUGCUAUAUGACACUUUGGGAAUAAGUACAGAGGCAAUUGUGAAAGCAUUUCUUCUUGGGGCAACGAGUGGGGUAAUGAGUGGUGCAGUGAGUGGGGUAGUUAGAGUGGAUGAACCCAUAUUAACACUAGGAGUGGCUCUAACAAGAGCACUAGCAGGAGCAGUUACAGCAUAUAUGGAGCCUGAAGCACCAACAGCAUCUGCUGAAGCUCCAGUAGCAGAGGAUUCAGGCGAGGAACAGGAGUAAUGUCGCUUAAGGACACAAUCAUGCAGAUUAAACUGACACACAAAAGAAGCAAACUCAGAUUUAGAAUUGAGGCUGUGAUCACAUUAUCUGGCCUAAGUCACUUAAUUUAGUCUUUUCUGCAGAUGCCACUUAUAUUUAAUUUUUCCUGCCCUACGCUGACACAGAGACUCAAUAGCUGAUUCUAA